CUGCUCACGCAGCGCUCUCGCUUCCACAGUAUGGCCGGCGACAUUAGCUAGCGCUCGCUCAGCUCGCUCUCUAACGGGGAAACAGCGGACUACAAGAGACUGAACUGUAUCUGCCUCUAUUUCCAACAGACUCACGUUCAACUUUUCGCUCACACACACACACACACACAAAAAGAAAAGCCGGGAAAAUUUUAUUAAUUCUUUUUUUAAAAAAAAGUUAAUAUAAAGUUGUAGCAAAAAAAAGGAACCUGAAACCGCUGGAACAAUCCGCAGCAGCGGCGGGAGAAGAGAUUUAAUUUAGUUGAUUUUCUGUGGUUGUUGGUUGUUCGCUAGUCUCACGGUGAUGGAAGCUGCACAUUUUUUCGAAGGGACCGAGAAGCUACUGGAGGUUUGGUUCUCCAAGCAGCAACCCGACGCAAGCCAAGGAUCUGGGGAUCUUCGCACCAUCCCAAGAUCCGAGUGGGACAUACUUUUGAAGGAUGUGCAAUGUUCAAUCAUAAGUGUGACAAAAACUGACAAGCAGGAAGCUUAUGUACUCAGUGAGAGUAGCAUGUUUGUCUCCAAGAGACGUUUCAUUUUGAAGACAUGUGGUACCACCCUCUUGCUGAAAGCACUGGUUCCCCUGUUGAAACUUGCUAGGGAUUACAGUGGGUUUGACUCAAUACAAAGCUUCUUUUAUUCUCGUAAGAAUUUCAUGAAGCCUUCUCACCAAGGGUACCCACACCGGAAUUUCCAGGAAGAAAUAGAGUUUCUUAAUGCAAUUUUCCCAAAUGGAGCAGCGUAUUGUAUGGGACGUAUGAAUUCUGACUGUUGGUACUUGUAUACUUUGGAUUUCCCAGAGAGUAGGGUAAUCAGUCAGCCAGAUCAAACCCUGGAAAUUCUGAUGAGUGAGCUUGACCCAGCAGUUAUGGACCAGUUCUACAUGAAAGAUGGUGUUACUGCAAAGGAUGUCACUCGUGAGAGUGGAAUUCGUGACCUGAUACCAGGUUCUGUCAUUGAUGCCACAAUGUUCAAUCCUUGUGGGUAUUCGAUGAAUGGCAUGAAAUCGGAUGGAACUUAUUGGACUAUUCACAUCACUCCAGAACCAGAAUUUUCUUAUGUUAGCUUUGAAACGAACUUAAGUCAGACCUCCUAUGAUGACCUGAUCAGGAAAGUUGUGGAAGUCUUCAAGCCAGGAAAAUUUGUGACCACCUUGUUUGUAAACCAGAGUUCUAAAUGUCGCACAGUGCUUUCUUCGCCCCAGAAGAUUGAAGGUUUUAAACGUCUUGAUUGCCAGAGUGCUAUGUUCAAUGAUUACAACUUUGUUUUUACCAGUUUUGCUAAGAAGCAGCAACAGCAGCAGAGUUGAUUAACAAAAAUGAAGAAAAAACGCAAAAAGGAAACACACUUAAAAGAAGGUGGUGGCUGCUUUUUAGAUGUUGAUACCGGGGGCCAUGCUUUCCAUAACCACCACCUUGUAGUUGCAGAAAGCCCUAGAUGUAAUGAUAGUGUAAUCAUUUUGAAUUGUAUGCAUUAUUAUAUCAAGGAGUUAGAUAUCUUGCAUGAAUGCUCUCUUCUGUGUUUAGGCAUCCUAUGCCACUCUUGCUGUGAAAUUGAAGUGCAUGUAGAAAAAAACUUUUACUAUAUGAAACUUUACAACACUUACGACAAUUCAAUUUGGUUUAUGCACAGUGUAAUAUUUCUCCAGGUAUCCUCCAAAAUUCCCCACAGACAAGGCUUUCGUCCUCAUUAGGUGUUGGCCUCAGCCUAACCAUCCGGGACUGUUCUAUUAAAUUGCUGCCAGGAUGUUACAUCCAGUUACCUCCAAUUUCUAGAACAUAUUCUCUACUAAUGUUAUUGAAAACAAUUUUUACUUCAUUCAGAUGUUUUUUGCAAUGGCAAUUAAAGUUUUUCUUCCACGA